CAAGCUGCGGAGUAGUUCUCAGUAGUCAGUACGGAGUGCACGCCGACUGCGUUCAUAACCUUCCCAAAGCAAGGACUUAGCACUACAACACCGGUGGGGACUACUCCCACUAAGGAAUAUUACUUUCACUUGACACUUAUCACCGUGAUUUAUUAAUACCCAACACUACUUCUCAUCGAAUUGCGUUUUCAUUUUACUGUUGUUGACACGGCGGUCAACAUGCCGAUGAACUCGACCAUGGCGAGUAAAAACUACGAUUAUGACUAUGACUCUAUUCAGCCCUACUUCUAUUUCGACAACGAAGAGGAGGAUUUCUACCACCAGCAGCACAGCCAGCUUCAGCCGCCAGCUCCCAGCGAGGACAUCUGGAAGAAAUUCGAGCUGCUGCCCACGCCGCCCCUCUCUCCAAGUCGGCGACCCUCGCUCUCCAGCCUUUUCCCAUCGACCGCGGAUCAGCUUGAGAUGGUGACCGAGUUUCUCGGCGAGGACGUCUUCAACCAGAGUUUCAUCUGCGACGCGGACUACUCCCAGUCCUUCCUCAAGUCUAUCAUUAUUCAGGAUUGCAUGUGGAGCGGUUUCUCCGCCGCCGCGAAGCUGGAGAAAGUGGUUUCCGAGAGGCUGGCGUCGCUUCAGGCUGCGAGAAAGGAGUCGGUUGCUUGCGGCAGCCCAACGGACAACGGUACUAGUCGGUCGAGCCCCAACAUCAAUUACCUGCAAGAUCUCAACACCUCCGCGUCGGAAUGCAUUGACCCUUCCGUUGUCUUCCCGUACCCGCUGACCGAAAACCCCAAGCCAAGCAAGACGAUGACGCCGCCCUCAGCUUUGGCACUGCCGUUGGACACCCCACCUAACAGUGGCAGCAGCAGUAGCAGCAGCGAUAGCGAUUCAGAAGACGACGAGGAAGAGGAGGAGGAGGAGGAGGAAGAGGAAAUUGAUGUUGUGACGGUGGAAAAGAGGAAAACGGUGAAGAGGUCCGACGCGAACGGGACGGGAGUACACAGCAGACCACACCUCAGUCCUCUGGUGCUGAAGAGAUGCCACGUCCCUAUUCAUCAACACAACUACGCUGCCCACCCGUCGACCAAGAACGACCAGCCGGCCGUCAAGAGGAUAAAGUUCGAGAGCAGCGGCAGAGUGCUCAAGCAGAUCAGCAACAACCGAAAGUGCACGAGUCCGAGGUCAUCUGACACUGAGGAUAACGACAAAAGGAGGACUCACAACGUGCUGGAGCGUCAGAGGAGGAACGAACUCAAACUGAGCUUCUUUGCAUUGCGGGAUGAGAUACCGGAGGUUGCGAACAAUGAGAAGGCCGCCAAGGUCGUUAUCCUCAAAAAGGCGACAGAGUGCAUCUUCAACAUGCAGUCGGAUGAACAGAAACUCAUUUCUUUGAAAGAACAGUUGAGGAAGAAGAGUGAACAGUUGAAACACAGACUGGAACAGCUGCGGAAUUCCCAUGUAUAAUUUUACAUGACAGACUCUUUUUAAGCCUUCAAAGACUU